GGGUGUGCAGCUAGACAAUGAAGCAAGCCGUGGCCCGCCUGGUCACGGCGCUGCUGUUCCUGGGCCCGGGAUGCGGCCAGGCUCCGCCGUGGACGUCGCCGCCCAUCCAGCCCGAGCGCCCGUUCCUGUUCACGUGGAACGCGCCCACGGAGUUGUGCCAGAGCCGCUUCGGCCUGCCCCUCGACCUGUCGCAAUUCCACCUGGUGAGCAGCACGCUGCGGACGGCCACCGACCAGCCCAUCAGCAUCUUCUACACCGACCGCUUCGGCAUCGUCCCGUACGUGGACGAGGACACGGGCGACUUUGUGGACGAGGGCCUGCCCCAGCUGGUGGACCUCAGGGAGCACCGGGAGUUGGCCCAGGACGACAUCGAGUUCUACAUCCCCGCCGACCGGCCGGGCCUGGCCGUGCUGGACCUGGAGGAGUGGCGCCCGCAGUGGAUCCGCAACUGGGGCAGCAAGGACAUCUACCGGCAGCUCUCUGUGGAGAGGGUGAAGGCCAGGAACGCCAGCUUGUCGGACGACGAGGCGGAGGAGCGGGCCAAGGUGCUCUUUGAGCGCGCCGCCAAGCGCUACUUCCUGCGCUCGUUGCUCAUCGGGAAGCGCUUGAGGCCCAAAC